AUAAACUAAACACGUGAUAAACCAUAACUGUUUAUUUAUUAACUGAUUACAACUGAACUCUAACACUAAUGUGGUUGUAAAUGGUUUUCAGUGCGCAACAAAAUGUGGUUCAGAACGCAAUGUUCUGCAGUUUUGCUUCUUAUUUUUCUCCACGUAUGCGAGUGCAAAACGGGAAGUAACAAGAUCAUACUUCCCAGUUACUUACUGAUAGGUGUAGCAUCAUCCGCUUACCAAAUCGAAGGCGCUUGGAAUGCCGAUGGCAAAGGUGAAAGCAUUUGGGAUCGAAUGACGCACAAUAUGACCUUCAAAAUUAGAGACGGCUCAAAUGGGGAUGUCGCUUGUGAUUCGUACAAUCAAAUAAAGGAAGACGUAGAUAUGGUUAGGAAACUAAGAGUGCAAUUUUACCGAUUUUCCAUUGCAUGGACCAGAAUUCUACCAAACGGUUUCCCAAACAAAAUCAACAAGGCAGGCGUUCGCUAUUAUAAUAGGUUAAUCAACCGAUUGUUAAAAAAGGGUAUAACGCCGAUCGCCACUAUUUACCACUGGGAUCUUCCCCAAGCGCUUCAGGACUUGGGAGGAUGGGCCAAUCCCCUUGUACAGUAUUGGUUUGAAGGUUAUGCCAAAGUUCUCUUUGAAAAUUUUGGGGAUCGAAUUAAAAUGUGGGUUACUGUUAAUGAACCACAGCAAAUUUGCUCUUUUACCUAUUCAACGGGAGUAUACGCUCCCGGUAUUGUUUCAGACGGAAUAGGUACCUAUAUUUGUUAUCAUAAUUUAUUAAAAGCCCACGCUCGUGUUUAUCACCUAUACAAUUCGACGUUCAGGCAGUCUCAAAAAGGGCAGAUUGGCAUUAAUACAGAAGUCACCUGGUUCGAGCCUGCUACCAACAGUACUGCAGAUAAAGCAGCCGCCGAAAGGAGAUGGGAAUUUGAGUGUGGUAUAAUUGCGCACCCAAUAUUUAGUGCCGAUGGCGACUAUCCCAACUUAGUCAAGCAAAUUGUCGCAAAGCGUAGCAAGGAGGAAGGUUUCCCAGAAUCUCGACUUCCUAGACUUACCGCCGAAGAGAUCGGUUUCAUCAAAGGAACUUCUGACUUUUUUGGUUUAAAUCACUACGCAACGUUGAAAGUGAAGCCAAGCAAGCCUUUGAAAGGGACGUCGGAAUUCAAUGAUGUUGGGGUGAAAAUUGUUAAAGAAUACGAAUGUAAGGAUACGCCGUGGUCUUACUAUUUUAGGUCGGUACCUUGGGCGUUUACAAAAUUGCUCGCUGAUAUUAAAUCCCGUUACCAAAAUCCUGAUGUAUACAUAUUUGAGACUGGUAUUCCCGACGAAGGAGGUACGCUCGAUGACCAGCAUCGUAUAAAAUAUAUCAAGGAGAAUCUGGCUGCAGUGGUAUCAGCGGUACAUGAGGAGGGUGUAAAAGUUCGAGCAUUUACACUUUGGAGCUUAAUGGACAGUUUCGAAUGGCGGGGUGGGUACACGUAUCGCUUUGGUCUGUAUUCAGUUAAUUUUACGACACCUAAAAGAACAAGAAUUCCAAAGGCGUCGGCGCUAUAUCUAAGAAGUAUUAUGAAAAAUCGAGAAUUUCUAUUAAAAAUGUUUUGGAAAAUUACGCUUUUAGUAGUAGCAUCUAUUCAAAUUACGUUUUGUCAAAAUGUUAGUGGAAUUAUGCUACCGACUCAAUUGUUAAUGGGUGCAGGCACAUCUGCCUAUCAGGUUGAAGGAGCUUGGAAUGAGGAUGGUCGAGGUCUAAGUAUAUGGGACACUUUUGUUCACGACUAUCCCGAAAAGAUUGAAGAUCAUAGUACGGGAGAUGUUGCAAGUGAUACCUAUCAUAAAACAAAGGAGGACGUCGCUCUUCUAAAAAAUAUAGGUUUUCACUUUUAUCGAUUUUCGAUAUCAUGGUCAAGAGUACUGCCGAAAGGAUUUGAAAAUGAAGUGAAUCCAUUAGGCAUUGCUUACUAUAACACUCUAAUUGACGAGUUAUUGGCAAAUGGCAUUGAACCGGUUGUGACAAUGUACCACUUCGAUCUUCCCCAAACCUUGCAGGAUUUAGGAGGAUGGACAAAUCCUAAUAUCAUAAAGUGGUUUACAAAUUUUGCUAGGAUUCUGUUUGAAAAUUUUGGAAAUCGAGUUAAAAGUUGGAUCACUAUUAACGAACCGAAACAACUUUGCAGAUUUACCUAUGCCAAAGGAUUAAUAGCACCAGGCCUUGUUUCAGAAGGUUUAGGUGAAUACUUAUGUAUCCACUACGCAACGUUAGCGCAUGCCAGCGUUUAUCACCUGUAUUCGCGCCGCUUUAGAAGAUCUCAAAACGGAAAAGUCGGUUUAACCAUUGAUGGUUCUUGGUGCGAACCAGUAGAUAAAAAAGAAAGGGAUGCUGCCAGCCGAAAGAUUGCGUUUGAUAUUGAUAUGUUUGCCAAUCCAAUUUUUGGUCAACUUGGAGGUUACCCAGACUUUAUAAGUAAAUUCAUAGGUUACAAAAGUAAAUUAGAGGGCUACACAGAAUCACGUCUGCCAAAAUUGAGUCCCGAACAAAUAUCAUAUAUUAAGGGCACUGCCGACUUCUUCGGACUAAAUUUCUAUUAUACCACUCUAGCCAAAUCUGGACCUUCGACUCUUCUUAACACCAAAGAUAUGGACGUGGAGGAUCUUCCGGAACCGAACCCAAUUAAAAAUGUCAACGAGUCUAUUAAGUUAGCGGCCAUCGGGUUUAGGAAAGUACUCAGGUAUGUCAAAACAAAAUAUGGAAAUCCCGAGAUUUGGAUUUUGGAGAAUGGAUUUCCAACAACCGAAGAUAGUGGCUUGGAUGACCAGUCGCGGAUCAGCUACUUCAAGAACAGCAUACGGUCCGUAGUAGAUGCAAUAAAUAAGGAUAAAGUAAAUAUUCGAAGAUAUACUGUUUGGAGCAUUAUGGACAACUUUGAGUGGAAUAAGGGAUAUACUGUUAGAUUUGGUAUAUUUCACAUUAAUUUCACGGAUCCGUCCCGAGAACGAGUGCCUAAGGCCUCUGCCACUUUCUUUAAAACGUUACUUGCAACGAGAACGUUACCAACAGAAUAAAGAGAGAUAUAAAAUCGUGCAGGAAGGGGUUCUUUUUGGCAGCUGUAUCAUAAUAGUGACUUAGAUUUGUUCUAAAUAAUUUGUCAAUUCGAAACGGAUGGGCGUUAGGGAUAGACACUUUUGUAACUUCAUUUACGGUCUCAAAUUGGAUUGAUGAUCGCAGUACGCCAAAUGAAAAUUCUACCACGUGUAAAAUGUUGCGUUUUUAACGGAAAGGGAAUAAACGUGUAACGUGCUAAGGCAUCCACUGACGAUGUUAGAUGGUAUUAUAUAGAGCAUGUAUUAC